AGAUGGCGACAUUGACGACACAUGGCAGUCGAACAUUUCGUCAGCAUUUGACGUAUUCACAAGGAUUUUUUUUUUACAGAAGGCAGAUAAAUCUAUCGUAAUUAAAAUGUUUCAGAACAUUGCAACAUACAGAGCAUGCCUAAAAGGAAUUGUGCGAUCAAUACAACCCGUAGGAGGCUUAAAAUAUGGCUCAAAAAAAUGUUUUUUAUCACAUGUUCCUCAGCCAACAUCAAUGGAGUUGCUUAUACAAAUACAAUCAAUUCGAUUGUAUUCAAAUCAAGCACGGCGACCAAGUUUUCUGUCUCAGUUUGUCGAGAAUAUCAAGCAAGAGAUGCAGAAAAAUAAGGAAAUGAAACAAUCUUUAGAAAAAUUUAGAGAAGAAGCUCAGAAACUGGAACAGUCAGAAGCAUUACGAAUGGCACGACAAAAAUUUAAUACUGUUGAAUCUGAAGCUAAUAAAAGUUCAGAAGUUAUCAAAGAAAAACUAGAUACACUCAAAGAAAAAGUACAAGAAGUUAUUGAAGAUGCAAGUAAAACUGAAUUGGGCAAACGUGCCGGGCAGUUAGGUGAAGGAAUCACAAAGUCAGCCAGAGAUGCAGCAGAGGCAAUUUCUGAAAAAAGCCAAGCACUUGGUAAGACCGGUGCGUUUCAAACAAUAUCAGACACUGCGGAAGCUGUACGGAAUGAACUUGACCAACACGGAAUUCUAGGCCAAGUUUAUGUUCCACCUAAAAAGCUACGGAAAAGGAAAGAGGUAGUAAUAGAACCUAAAGAUAUUAUACCUGAUCAGAAAACAACAGGAAUGGAAGUACAUAAAGACUUUGUGUUUUCCAAUGCUUGGCAAAAAUUUAAGGAUAAUAACCCAUAUGUGAAUAAAGUAAUGGACUGGAAGAUUAAAUAUGAUGAGUCGGAUAAUGCUGUACUGCGCGCUUCCAGAUUGCUUACAGACAAAGUUACGGAUAUUAUAGGCGGAUUAUUUCAAAAGACCGAACUGUCAGAAACUCUAACAGAAAUCUGUAAACUAGAUCCUAAUUUUAGCAGAAUACAAUUCUUGAAGGAUUGCGAGACAGAUUUUAUCCCAAAUAUUCUCGAGGCAAUGGUCAGAGGAGACCUAGAAAUUUUGAAGGAUUGGUGUCAUGAAGCGCCUUAUAAUGUAAUUGCACAACCGCUCAAAGAAGUACAAAAACUAGGAUAUCGUUUGGAUAGCAAAAUUCUAGAUAUCGAUAAUGUGGAUUUGAUGAUGGGUAAGAUGAUGGAUCAAGGCCCAGUUUUAAUCAUUGGUUUUCAAUGUCAACAAAUCAUGUGCGUGAGGAAUUCGAAAAACGAAGUGGUCGAAGGAGAUCCACAGAAAGUGAUGCGCGUUAAUUAUAUUUGGGUAUUGUGUCGCGAUCGAACGGAACUCAAUCCCAAAGCUGCAUGGCGUUUGCUGGAUCUCAGUGCUACCAGUUCGGAGCAAUUAGUAUAGUGUUAUAAAAACGUAACAUAAACUGUUAAAUUGUUUAAAAAUUCAGAUGACCAAGUGAUCAACAUAGUGUUAGUCAACAUUCAUUUCUACUUCAUUUUUAAACCACAUACACAUACAUUCGCAUUGUUAUAAUUAUUCAUAGUAUUUUUUAGUAGAUUGUGAAGUGAUCAUUGAUCUAGUGUACAUAAAGUGCACAUUUAUUGUAAAAAUUGGAAUGUUUAUAUCCACAAGAUUCUUAACGACAUAUGUAAACUUCAAUUAUAUGAUUUAAGUAUACAUACAUAUACUAAACAGUGCAAAAGUUAUCUCUUAUAAAAUAUAUUUGUAAAUAUAUAAGUGGAUAUAAAAACGUUGCAAAUACAUUUUUCUUCAAUAU